UAGGAAGCGCGGGGCCGGGCCCGGCGUCGGCGGAUUGAGGUGCGCGCUGAGCGUUAACUCCUGCCGGGCCGCUUCCCUCGUCGCUUUUUCGCCGUCCUGCGCCGCUGCGGUGAGCGGGGCUCUCCUUGCCGUCCCGCGAGGCGCGGACUGUCCCGGUCCGGAGCUGAAAGAAGGAGGCGCUGGCCGCCUCCGAGGCGCGGUGCCCCGGGACGGAUCGCUGAGCGCAAAGUGCCGGGCCGGGCAGAGCUCCGGAGCGGCUGCUGGGAGCGCAGCCAUUGGGGGCGGCUCCGCAGCGAGCAGAAGUGAAACUGCCCGUGUUGUUGUCGCUUUCGAUUCCCGGGCGGAGCGCGGCCAUGGCUGCAGUCACGGAGGUGCAGACCCAGCUGUGUGGCAACUGCAAAAAGAAUAUUCCUGCUGCUAACUUCACCAUUCAUGAAAUCCACUGUAGCAGAAAUCUUGAAGUCUGCCAUUAUUGCAAUGAAUCAGUCCCAAAGGCUGAGAUGAAGAACCACAUUGAUUCUGAACAUGUGCAGGUUACCUGCAAGUGCAGUAUGAAGGUUGAAAAAAGCCUCUUGGAGGAUCACGAGACAUUGGCGUGCCCUUUGCGUCCUGCAGUCUGCCAGCAUUGUGACAUCCAGCUUACUUUCAAUAAGCUUCAGGAUCAUGAAAGUUACUGUGGAGCUAGGACUGAGAUGUGUAAUGGUUGUGGCCUUAACGUAAUGGUAAAAGAUCUGAAAGAGCAUCCCCAAGUCUGUGGGAAAGAGGUGAAGCGAGUAAGCAAAACAGUGCCUCGCUUUGAGGGAGAGGAUGCAGGUCUGCGUGCCCUUGGAGACAUUAGAAACCAGCUAAGAUCAGAUAACUGUGCUGGGCCUUUGUGGAGAAUGCCCAGGGCACUAGAAAGGCAGAUCUAUAGCAACUGUGCAGGAGACAGAACACUUAAGGACAUUAGCAGAAGAAAUGUUUCCAGAACACAAAGAAAUCAAAAUCAAGAGUAUGGACUGGAGCAGCUGGAGAGAAAUAAAAACACUAACUCACUUUAUGAAGAGCAGAAUGCCAAUUUAGACCACAUGUUGGCUCUUAGCCUUCAGAACGAGAAUAAUCCUCGCAAUAAUACUGCAGCAGAGAUUCACAGGGACGUCUGGGAAAACCACUAUGCCAAAGAGUUCGUGCCAUCUUCUAGUCCCACUGAAACAGACAACUCAAAUAUCUUUCCUUAUGACUCUUUACUGUCUUUGAACACUUCAAACCACAUGAAACGUGAUGAGAUCAUGUUGCCGUGUGAGUUUUGUGAGGAGCUCUACCCUGCUGAAGAUCUGAUUCUUCAUCAGACAGGUUGUAACCCAGCAAGUGCCUUUGCCUCCUUCAGUAAAAGAAGUUCUCUGGAUCCACAAAAAUAUGACGAUCUGCAUAAUAGUGGUUUCAACAGCUGUAGGUCUGAUUAUUCAUCCUGGUAUCCAGCUGUCCAGGAAGAAGGAAACAUUAUCAUUCCCUGUGAAUUUUGUGGCAUCCAACUAGAAGAGGAGAUACUUUUUCAUCAUCAGGAUCAAUGUGACUUGCGCCCAGCCACAGCCAACCCAGCAGACAACUUUCCAUCACAGCAGCCACCAUCUCCUCGAGACAACAGAGAGAGAAGAGAAUCACCAGAGCUGGCUCGGAGGCGAAUCAGGCAUCAAGGAGAUGUUUUUCCUCAGUGCAUAGAAGACUUCAGGCAGCAGAGGCUCAAUUGUCCUGCUGGAGGAAACAGGGCACUGAGUAAUGCAGCAAAUGCCAGGAAUGCACCACUGACCUCUUCUGGUACCAUGAGAACUGGUGAUGCCCUGAACUCGAGAGGGAAGCCGAGGAAGGUGGCUGGUAAUGAAGGAAGGCUGAAGAACAGAGGUGCAGGUGAACCUGCUGGUGGGGCAACACCACGUAUGAGACCUGCUCAGAACCUUCAUUCAGAAACCUUCUCAUCCAGCUUGUCCAGAACUGCUCCAGUUCAACCAAGCAUCAGAAGUGAAGGAGGAAGGAAUCCAGGGAUGUCAGAUGUGGCAGUUGGUUUCAGGAACAGGAAGGUGAAGGCAAAGCCCCAGAGCCCUGAGUCUGGCUAUCCAGAGGAAGAGUGAUCCACCACAUACGAAAAACUUAUCUAGCACUCUACGCACUGCACUAUGCACUAUAGUACUUAUUUAUCUGAAUGCAAGUAAUUGCUAUAUUGCCAUGUCACUGAAAACUUUAUAUGAAUUUAAAUUUUUAUGGGCAGUGAUCAUUUUAUAUAUGUAUUUUUUAAUCUGUGAGUGUAUACUACAGGUUUCUACUUCUGUGAUCAACACUAGCAACUUCCUAAGAUCUGUAUUUGCUAAUAUGCUUCUACUUAGGGAACCACAUCAUCCCUGUUUCCAUACUAGCUUUUUGCAGCAUCCGCUGAAGAGAAUUUCUUUUGUCAUACUCAUCUCUAGGCAUGUUUCCUGCUUGCUCAGUGCUAGUUAUUCUGAAGGCAGCAAUGCUAUGAAGAAAAGCAAAGCAAGUUCUCAGCCAGGACUCGGUGAGGGACAAGGGGGAAGCAGAACCCUCUGUGCAAUGCUCUGUGCUGGCAUAUGGGGGAACCCAGUGCUGUGAGAAGGGCUGGUCUGUGGGCACACUGAAUCGAGCUGUUUGGAGUAGUGAGCAGCUGAAAAGAGGGGGACAAGGUGCUACUGCUACCUUGCAGCUUCCUGUUGUACCUUAGCAGCUCUGGGUGGACCCUGCAGCACAGAAAGGCAGCUGCACAUUCCAGUUUGUUACCUGGAGGGCUGAGGGCAUAGGGGAUCAUGACUUCUUUAGUGGAUGAGCUCUAAUCCCAGGAUUGUGUGGUAAAAUGCUUUUUAAUGCUGUAUUAGUCAAUGCUUUUUAAAACUCCUUGUAAUAAAUUUAUCUAAUGUUAUCCUGAAA